AUGGCAAUUAAUAAAAUUGUAUUAUUGAUAAUAUAUUGUGAAUUACAAUUAAUAUGGUCACAAACAUCUAUACCGAAAUCACUUCAAGAAUGUUAUAAAAACAAUGUCACGUUAAAUUUUCGAUUACCGUUAAAUUUGCGCAUACUAGUAGAUAUAAUACGGAAGAUGGAAAAAUGUUCUUAUUUAACAACAGAUAUGAAAAUAAUGUCCUCAUCAAUAUUACACAGAUUUAAAUUUGAUGGCAUUGAAUACCAACAAAAUGUUCAAGCUACUGAAAAUAUACUUCCAUUUAGUGGGACUGGAACACAACGUAUUAAACACAAAUUGAUAGAAGAAUUAAUUCCAGGCAAAAUAGAAGCUUUACCAGUACAUGUACUUUCACAGGAAGAACGUUGUAUACUUCACCAGGCUAUUUCAAAUACAAUUUUAAGGCCUGACAAUGAAAACACAUACAAAUCAUGUAGUCAAAUUACUGACUACAAACAAACUGAAAAACUAACAGAUAAAAUUAUGCUUACUGAUAUGUGGAAUUGUCCAAGACAACAAGGAGUAAUUCUAACACCAUAUGGUACUGUUGCUCCUGGAAUAAUUAUAGGAGCAAUAGCUGCAUCUCUCCAACAUCAAAACAUUGCUGUAAACCAGUUAGUUACAAGUUUAAAAAUAUCUCAUCCAGAAAUGAACUCUACAAAUAUAUAUAAUUUGAAAUAUGAUGAAGAAGAGAUCGAUUUUGUUCUGCCAAGAAGUCAUAUGAGUCAUAAACCAUCUAUGUGGUACAGUGCUUUAAUGACAUCAUCUGUAAAAAUUGAUAAUAUAUGGUUAACAACAAUUGCAGGUGAAUUAGCAGAAAUGGUUGUGUACCAGGGGCCUUUACUAGGAAAUAAUAUGACUCUUGGUGCAACAGGUUUUUGGCAGAAUAUAAUGUAUCCAUCUAUUUAUUAUCUUUUAAAUUCAGAUGAAAAUUUUCAUGCAACUCGAGCUGAAUUAAUAGGAGGCAUUGAUGGAAUUAUUAUUGCAAGUUAUUUGCAGACUUGGAUUCAAGAUUUUUAUAGUCUUCGACUUAGCCAAAUUUUAGAAAUGUAUUAUUCAUAUGAAGGUAUCACACUUAAUACAAACGUGAAAGCUUGCAAUCGAGGACAAAUCUUUUUUUAUGCACUGCCAAAGACUAUCUUAAAUGAACAGACUUAUGCAAUAGCUCAAAUGCUAGCUUACCGUAAAAGCAUCGCAUACAUUUCUCCACAAGCACUUCAACGAAUGGUUGAAUUUGCAACCGAAAAAUUUUAUACCUACGCAAAAGAUUAUUUAUUUCCUGAAUUACCGUGCUAUGAAAUAAAUAAACCCCAAGUUGAAGCAUUAAUUGUGUUUGAUGGUGCUUGGUCGAUAGGAUAUACGAUAGAUUUCCUUGCGAUUCUAAUACAAGAUUUAGAUGUAUCGAUGUAUGGAUCAAAAAUAGGAAUUAUACACAGUACUACAGGAGAAUGGUUAUUAAAUGUUACAAACAGUCCGUCAACCGCGUUCCAAGCAUUAAAUAAGUUUACUAAUGAUACAUGGCCUAUGCAAUUCAAUUAUACGCGUGUUUUGGAAACGAUAUCUGCUUAUUUAAAUAAAACUUGGGAGUACAAUUAUAAAAAUCAUAUAAUUGGAAAUCUUGGUCAGGUAAUUAUACUAUUAAUUCCAUUAAGGUACAUACCCAAUCAUGAAAAAGAAACUGUAAUAACGUUAUUGCGUCAGUUAAAAUACAAUCAUCCAGAUGUUUACUUUAUAUAUUACGUAUCGCAAUAUAAUGCCCAAUUAUUUAAAUCAUUUGUUUUAUCAGAUGAAGAUUAUAUAAUACAAAUUUCCAAUAUUGAUGCUAUUAUUCAAUAUGUAUCCAAAGUUCCACGAACAUUGAGACCUGCAAUACCUCUAAAUAAUUCGAAAACUCUUAUUUCCGAAAUGGAAGAUUACAUAAGUCCUUCAAAAUCUAUUACCUAUAAAAUACAUUCACAUUGGAGACGAAAUAUGAAGAAAAUACUGGUUACAAUUCACACUUUCGGUUAUGGCACAAUGAAAGCUUGUUUAUGGAUGGGAUUUGAAUCCAAUGACAAAACAAAUUUGCAUUGUACAGAAUUGGCUGGUUACAAAGAAAUUACAUUAACUGACCACUUAAGGUGUACUAGUACCACGCCUUGUCCUAAUCUUUAUCUUCGUAUACAAAAUGUAACUUCCUUAUAUAAAUGCGCAGAAAUAGACUGUAAAACACCGGAUCAAGUAAGAUACAUCAUACGAACAAAUCAACAAAUUGUACGUUAUGAUAAUUUUGCAAAUAAGAAUAUGAUACUGAUCUCAUUAAAUAUGUUAGCCUUAUUUACACUUCGAGUACUUGUGUAA